CAAAUAAAAUUAAAAAAAAAUAAAACUGGGUAUCGUCCAAAUGUCACACGGUCAAUAAAGAAUUAAGAUCGUGAUUGGAAUCCUACGUCUCUUUAUCCCUAUAAAUAAUAGCUACUUAAAUGCCAGCACCCACCAAUUCUACCAGACUCACAUUGGACAAUGGCCUCCUUUCUCCUCCUCCUCUCCCUACUCGACGCCAUUUUCCUCGCUGCCACUUUUUCUACCGCCUCGCCGCCGCCCGAAAUCCAGAUCAACGUCUGGCCUAAACCCACCUCCGUCUCCUGGUCCGAUGCUGCCCCAAUCGCCGUCGCUCUGUCCCCCUCCUUCCGCAUCCCCAACCCUUACCCGGACAACCCCUACCUCCGCGCCGCCACCGCCCGCUACACUCGCCUCCUCCACGCCGAGCGCCAUGUCCCUCUCCGCCCCCCGCCCCUGAAUCUCUCCUCCAACGCUCCUCCCCUCGCCUCCCUCUCCAUCUCCGUCGCCGACCCCUCCGCCCCCCUCGUCCACGCCGUCGAUGAGUCCUACAGAUUAUCCAUCUCCGCCGACAAUUCCUCCUCCGCCGCCGAGCUCGUCGCUGCCACCACCUGGGGCGCGAUUCGCGGCCUCGAGACCCUGUCCCAACUCGCCUGGGGCGACCCGCCGGCCGUCCCCGCCGGGAUCCGGAUCGAGGACCGCCCCCUCUUUCCCCACCGUGGUCUCCUCCUCGACACCUCCCGCAAUUACUACCCCGUCCGCGAUAUCCUCCGCACCAUUCGCGCCAUGAGUCACAACAAGCUCAAUGUCUUCCACUGGCACAUCACGGACUCGCAGUCCUUCCCCAUCCUCCUGCCCUCCGUGCCGGACCUUGCGCUCCGCGGCUCCUACGGCCCUUCCAUGCGCUACUCCCCCGAAGACGUCCGCCGGGUCGUGCGAUACGCCAUGCGCCGAGGCGUUCGCGUCGUCCCUGAGAUCGACGCCCCUGGACACACCGGCUCGUGGGCAGAGGCUUAUCCGGAGAUCGUCACGUGCGCGAACAGGUUCUGGGCGCCGCCCGAUGGCCCGGCGCUCGCGGCGGAGCCUGGCACGGGCCAGCUCAAUCCGCUCGAGCCGAAGACCUAUGACGUCGUCCGCAGCGUGCUUCGCGACGUGGCCGCCCUGUUCCCGGAGUCGUUUCUCCACGCCGGGGCGGAUGAGGUGAACACGGCGUGCUGGGAGCAGGACCCGGUGAUCAAGCGAUUCCUGAACGCAGGCGGCACCCACGGCCAGAUCCUGGAGACGUUUGUAAAUUCCACACGCCCCUUCAUAGUGUCCGCGCUCAACCGCACCGUUGUGUACUGGGAGGACGUCCUCCUGGGCUCGGUCGCCAAGAUGGGCUCCGCGUCGAUGCUUCCGCCGGAGACCACCGUGCUCCAGACCUGGAACAACGGUCCCAACAACACGAAGGUGCUCACGGCAGCAGGGUAUCGGGUGAUCGUGUCGUCGUGGAAUUUCUACUACCUGGACUGCGGCUUCGGGGGAUGGCCAGGCAACGAUAGCCGGUACGAUCGGCAGAUUGCGGACGAGCAGGGUCAGCCGUUCAACUACGCUGGCGGCGACGGGGGUUCAUGGUGCGCGCCAUUCAAGUCAUGGCAGCGGGUCUACGACUACGACAUCACGUACGGGCUUAGCGAGUCGGAGGCGGUGCUGGUGCUUGGUGGGGAGGUGGCCCUGUGGUCUGAACAGGCGGACGGAUCGGUGGUGGACGGGCGGCUGUGGCCGAGGGCAGCCGCGGCGGCGGAGGCGCUGUGGUCGGGGAACCGGGACGAGGCAGGGGGGAAGCGAUACGCAGAGGCGACGGACAGGCUGGCGGAGUGGCGGCAGCGGAUGGUGGAGAGAGGAAUUGCGGCCGAACCCAUCCAGCCCUUGUGGUGCAUCAGGAAUCCAACGAUGUGUAACAUGGUUCAGUAGUUGUUACUCGAUUUACAUCGUCCAUUUGUAUCGUCCUCAUUUGUGCUUGUUUGUAUUUAUUUGUUACCAUCAAAACACUUCAAAUUUCUUAAUA